CGGAGCUGAACUGUGGCCAAGGUCUCUGCUAAAGCUCAGAAAUAGUCAAUGUAGAAUGUGCAGCACAUAAUGAAGGCAUCUUUGAGCCAGCAACACAGCUCAUCAUUAAUAUAACAUAACGUUUUUACAGCCACAAGGAUGCACUUGUCCAAAGUAUUCCUCGCCAAGCCUGUUCUUCAUGGAUACUUCAGAAGUUCCUGCUCCUGGAGGGUUCGCAUUGCAUUUGCUCUCAAAGGUAUUGAGUAUGACCAGGUUCCAGUCAAUCUAAUCAAAGAUGGAGGUCAGCAGCUUACUGAACAGUACCAGAAAUUAAACCCCAUGCAACAAGUGCCUGCAGUUGAAAUUGAUGGCAUCACCCUUUCUCAGUCACUGGCUGUGAUCCAGUACAUCGAUGAGACCAGGCCAGGGCCUCGGCUUCUCCCCGCAGACCCAAAGAAACGGGCCCAGGUUCGGAUGAUAAGUGAUGUCAUUGCUUCUGGGAUACAGCCUCUGCAGAAUUUGUACGUGAUUCAGAAAAUCGGAGCAGAAAAGAUGCAGUGGGCUCAUCACUUCAUUGAUCGAGGUUUUCAAGCUCUUGAGCCCAUUCUGAAGCAAACAGCAGGGAAAUAUUGUGUAGGUGAUGAGAUAUCCAUGGCAGACAUCUGUCUGGUCCCACAAGUCUACAAUGCACAGAGGUUCAAGGUGGAUGUUGAGCAGUAUCCAACCAUCAAAAGGUUAAAUCAAACCUUAGUUGAGAUUGAAGCUUUCAAAGUGACCAACCCAUCUUGUCAGCCAGACACACCUGCUGAUCUGCGAGCAUAGAAUAACUCUGCAGCUUUAGAGACAGCCAUGCCACUUUGUACAUUGUUAAAUAAAAUGCUUUUAAAAUGA